AUGCGUAAUCAUGUAUUAUACACGUUCUUAUCCUGGCUAAGCAUUUCGAUAAAUGUCUCGGCCAAAGUAUCAGUAGAGCACACAGCCCCAGAGAUUUGUCCCUGGGACCCAACAAUCCAAGGCCUCCGAACACCAGCAUGCGCAAGCCCGGAAUUGCUCCGCAAACUCGUCCAGCCUCUCCCUACCCAAUGGAAAGGCCCCGAGAAAUGCGUCAAUGGGACGUGCGUAUUCUCUAACGCCGUGCAGAACGGAGGUAUCUCGCUCAUCACGAGCCCGCAGCACGCGCAUAUCAUCCAGAGCUUUGCCGUCCAUGCCGACGGCGGCGCAUAUCCGCCUCCGUAUUAUGUCGAGACGAUAAGUGGGAAGGGCAUCGGGUUGCGAGCAAAUAGGUCGAUUGAGAGAGGGGAGGUGCUGAUGGUCAGGGGGGCGACGCUGGUCGCACAGACGGAGCCGCUCGUCGAGUUAGAGGUUGGGGUGAGGGAUAUGUUGUAUGGGUUCGCGGUAGCACAACUACCCAAGGACCGCCGAGACGCUUUCAUGGGACAGAUGGGCCGUGACAUACACGAUAAGAUCAACACCAACAGCUUCGAGAUCUUUGUCCAUGGGGCCGAUGACAAGGGGGCACGUCACUUGGGUACGUAUCCAGAUGUUGCGAAGUUCAAUCAUGAUUGUCGGCCAAACGUCCAUUACCGCAUCGCUGAGACGACAAUGACCGCCGUCGCCGCCCGCGACAUCCUUGAAGGAGAGGAAUUGACUGUCAGCUACGCGGAUAUAUUCCUACCAUCCAAGAAGCGAAAGGAGCGCAUCCGGAGCUGGGGGUUCGAGUGUGCUUGUGCGCUGUGCCAGGGGCCGAAGAACGAGACAAUAGCAUCUGACAUGCGUCUGCGGCGCAUCGAGCAACUGAAAAACGACCUGAACAACUUCCAAGAGAUGAAAGUCACGGCCGAGACUGGGGCCGAGUACGCGGCACUUCACGAGGCAGAAGGCCUGCAUGCGCAUCUUGGAUCGGCGUACACUCGCGCGGCGCUCAACUUUGCCCUAUUCGGCGACGAAGAGCGGUCUCGUGAAUACGCGCUGAAGGCGGCGGAGGAGCUAGUUAUAGAGAAGGGGCCUGGAUCUGCCGAUGCGCAGGCCAUGAGAGGCUUGGCUGAGAAUCCGAGGGCGCAUUGGACGUGGGGGAAGAGACGAAUGCUUGAAAAGUGA